AUGAAGUUGGGAAAAGGAGACAGAGAUGCUGUACUGGACACAGAAGUUGUCCUGACAAAAAUGAAGCUCUUCAGCAAUCUCCAUGAGGGACUCCUGAUCAGCGACGACUCUUCAUCCACCAUCUCCACAGUGUCAGGUCUUGAGCAACACAUCACAGACCCCACAAAUGCCUCUGACGAGCAAUCACACCAAGAUGAAAAGUCCAUACAACCAAGGAUUGAGUCAGACUACCUGUCAGCCAUUUUCUCAGACUCUCAGCUGCCGAGGUUGUACAAAUUUGAGUCAGAGGACUCGGGAGUGGAGCUGCCCAGUGGAGCUAAUUCUCCGUCCACACCGACGGGCUCUGAGCAGAGCUUUGUGGUGCACAGUCGAGAAUCAUCUUGCGACUCCUGCAACUUAAAUUCUGAUGCUACCACUCUCCCUGAUAAACUUGUCACAUAUGUGCAGAGCUCAGAGAUUAAACAGGAAGAGGACUCAGUGGAAAACAGUCCAAGUACAGCAGUGGAUACUCAGGACGAUGUGUUCAUUCCCUCAGUAGAACUUCACAUAGGUGAGGAUGAUGAUAUCGAUCCAUGUAGGGCUUCAGGAGUUAGUCCUGAAGGAGACGAAGACAUUUCUGGAGAGCUAAAAGAGCAAAAUACUAUAACUGAAAGGACCUGCUUAGAGGACACGAGGUCUAGGAGGAAAUCCUCGACAGAUGCAUGUGAUGACAUGAUGGACAAAAAUUUUGAACCAGAGUCUAGAUGGAGAAGUGGCACCAGUGAAAGCUUGGAGGAGUACAUGGAUGAAUGCUGCAGACUAAGUGAGUCACAGCAGGUGAGUUCAAACCCUCUGGGAUCAGGCCUGGGUUACCUGGAGCACAUUUGCCAACUCCUGGAGAAGAUUGGCCAGCUGCAGGAGACCAACCUACGGCUACAGAGGCAGGUCUGCUGCUUGCAGAAGGACAGCAGAAUGACAAAGACCAAAGAGGACUUUUUCCAGCAGCACUGCAGCUGUGGAGCAGCCAGCCUGGCCUUCCAGGAGGUUCAGAGGAGACACCCAAGAAGUGAGUGUUUAUCACCCAGUGGGACCCUCUCCGACCUGUCCACCAUCCCAGAGGUCACCCGGCGUCCAUUUAUUUACGCCAGUAAAGACGCGAGCAGUGAGGAUUUGACCCCAGUGCCGCUGUGGAGGAGAAGCCUGAACCGAAGGAGCUACACUGAGGGGGAGGUCCGCUUCAGAGACAGCACCGAGGGCCUGUCCAUCCCCCAUCGCAGGCUGAGUGAAAACUACACAUGGGGCCGCGUCAAAGACUUGGUGAGGAAGACUAAGAUGAGGAACCAGAGCCGACUGGGACUGACCUCCACCUCACUGAAGAUGUCCUGUCCACAGCUGUACAGACCUGAUCUGGAACCAGUGGAACCUGCUGUCAGGAACAAAAACAGGAACUCCAUGAUCACUUUGGGCCACCAAAGCAAACUGGACUUCCCUUGACAACAAUAAUCAUCCAGAUCACGGUGAUAAUGAGAAGGGGAGGACAUCAGGAAGUUACACAGGUGAUGAUAGAAGACUGGAAACAGAGAAACAGAGAAGAAGAAGGAGGGGAUGAUGAAGAAAGAAGAAACCAGAGGGAAAUAAAGGAGAGGACUCUUGAAUGAGGGAUGUUCUGCAUGUGAGGGAGGAUACAAGAUAAAGUGAGACUAACUGUGUGUAUAUAGUUUAUGUACAAAAAGAAAAAUAAGCCAUGUUCUUAACAAUGUUACUACAUGUCUAAAAAUCAUCUACACUGUGACGUAAUUUAACGGCAUGAUACAUUUUCUGUUGAUACCAUUUACACUAUAUACAUGUUUAUGAAACAUACACGUCUCAUAACUUUUUUUUUUUACAUUUUUUUACCGUGUUGUAAAUAUGUUAGAGACGAAUGACAGACUGCUUGUACAUUAUGUCUGAGUUGUUGUGUAAGUGGAGUGAAUGCAGAGAUCAUGUGUGUGAAGAGAGCCUGAGAUAAACCCUACAGUAUGUACAAAGCAUACAUCAUGUUAGCAUGAGGGCUGAAGAUAACACAGCAGACACCACAGCUUGCCUUAAAAGAGUACUUUAAAAAUGUUCAGCUCAUAAACUCUGACAAUUGGAGGUUUCAUAGAACUAUCCUUUUUUUUACAUUACAAAAAUACAUUCAGUUUGGGUUUACAGAAAUGCAGAGCUAUUGUUUAUAAUGUUAUAUGCUGUGAUUUAUCUUCUGAGACAGUCUCACGUUACUGAAAGUCUCUCAUUUCACUCAAGGACUCAUGAAUAACGGUUAAAGAAAAGAGAUUAUCAAAUCUGGAAUCAAGGAGAGAUUUUUUCCAGUGUACUAUCAAUCUGAAACCAGUAAACAAACAUUCAUUCCCACCAUUACACAACGAUUGGUCAUGUGUUUGGCAGUUGUCCUUUAGUGAGGGUUUGAGCUUUUAUUGCAACUAAGCUUUGUUUUAUAAUAUUUUAAAACAACGAUUCUCUCACUUUGAAUCAGACCGCAAGCAACACCAUGAAGACCAACAAGAGAGAACUCAAAAAAAGACAAAAAGUGGAAGUGCAAGAUGCUUCCUUUUUAAUAGCAAAUAGACUUGAGCUUGUGUAGCGCUUUUCUAGUCUUCUGAUUACUCAAAGCAUUUUUACCGCAGGUCACACCCAUUCACACCCUGAUGGCAGAGCCUGCUAUGUAAAGUGUCCAUCAGUAUUAACUGAUCCAUUCAUACACAUUGCCACACAGCAGCGGGAACAACUUGGGGUUAAGUGGACACAUAGGACAUGUAGCUGCAGGACCGACUCUACCGCUGAGCCACAGCUGCCCCCAAAGACAAUGCAUCUUUAGCUUCUGACCAGCUAACACCACAACAGUCCAAUUCCUCAAUCAUAGGUGGUAAACAAGCAGAGACCUUCAGAGUUGAAAAUUAAACCAAUGUGGAGGUGCA